AUGACUGUUGGUCUUCCCGCGACCUUCGCCGCUGGCUGCUUUUGGGGGACCGAAAGGUUCUUCGUCAAGCGCUUUGGGGACGCCUUGAUUUCGCACCAAGUGGGGUACAUGGGAGGCACUGAGGCUGACGAGAUUACGUACCCGAUGGUCAAGAAGGGCGACACCGGGCAUGCAGAGGUGCUGCACCUCAUUUACAAUCCGGACAAAGUCACCUACCAGCAGCUGCUUGACUUUUUUUUCCGCAUUCACAACCCAACGACGAUGAAUCAGCAGGCGGGCGACAUCGGCACACAGUACCGCAGCGCCAUUUUUUACCACAAUGAGCAGCAGUUGCAGGAGGCCAAUGAGUACAUUUCGAGGCUCAAUGGUGCGGACCCGGCGCUUCGUGCCGCCUUUGUGAAGGCCUUUGGAGAUGUACAGGUUGUCACCUCGUUGGAGAAGGCGGCACGUUUUUUAUCGGCGGAAGAAUACCAUCAAG